GGAGGUUGGAUGGCUUCAGCAGUCAGAGUAGCAGCCCAGAGAGGAAAAGAGCCGCCCACCACCAGACGGUUCACGCCGCCCUCCACGUCCUUCCCCUGCAGUAAGCUUGGAGACGGCAACGGGGCCAUGGCCACCCCGGGGCCCCUCAGGUCGAGAGCGGACUCUCGGAACGUGGUGGACGUCCUGGCGGACCACGCUGGCGAGCUGGUCAGGACCGACAGCCCCAACUUCCUCUGUUCCGUCCUCCCGUCUCACUGGAGGUGCAACAAGACGCUCCCCGUGGCUUUCAAGGUCGUGGCUCUCGGUGAUGUCCCCGACGGGACUCUGGUCACUGUGAUGGCCGGCAACGACGAGAAUUACUCGGCCGAGCUUAGGAACGCCUCUGCCGUGAUGAAGAACCAGGUGGCCCGCUUUAACGACCUGCGCUUCGUGGGCAGGAGCGGACGAGGAAAGAGCUUCACUCUGACCAUCACCGUGUUCACCGGACCGCCUCAAGUGGCAACCUACCACCGCGCCAUCAAAGUCACCGUGGAUGGACCCCGAGAACCGCGCAGGCACAGAGUGAAGAUAGAAGACACCCAGAAGAUGCAGUUCUCGGACAGGCUGUCAGAGAUCGAGCGCUACCAGCGGUCUAUGCGGAUAGGCCCAGUGAACAAUAAUCCCCGCCCCAUCCAACAAACCCACCUAAGCACACAAGCCCUGUGGCAGGAGCAGAUGGACACCCCCACUCUGAAGACAUGCAAGGUGGAGGAGGACCUGAGACCAUGGCCAGGGACCCAAGAUCUCUUCAACCAGAGGACCACCUUCCCGUCUCUGUCGCCACUGACUGACCCUCGCUUCUCAGACCCCCGCAUGCACUACCCUGGGGCCUUCCCCUACUCCACCAACACCUCCAGCACUGGCAUCAGCGGCCUCAGCAUGUCAGCCUCUUCUAGAUACCACACCUACUUGCCACCACCUUACUCAAACAACCAAAGCCAGAACUUCCAGUCCAACUCCUACCUGUAUUAUGGCACAGGCUCUGGAUACCAGUUCUCCAUGGUGGCACCGGGGAACACCGGGGGUGAGCGCUCCCCCACCCGCCUGCUGUCCUGCUCGGGGGCCACGGGCACCGGAGGGACCAACAGCCUGAUGAACCCGGGUCUGAACAACCAGAGCGAGGGCGUGGAGGCCGACGGCAGCCACAGCAACUCCCCCACUGCCAUGAGCGCCUCAGGCCGUUUGGAUGAGUCCGUCUGGAGGCCUUACUGACUGACAGACAGCUAGACAAUCAGAAGCUGCAGGAGAAGUGAGGGAGGCAAAGUAAAAGAGGAUGAUGAACAAAAAAAAGAUGAACACUGAAAGCAAAAAAAAAAAAAAAGAGAAAUGCUGCAUGUUUGUCUUUAAUUUCUCCAGCACUCGCUUUAAAGGCUUUCUCUGUUUUACCAUCUCUCUCAAGACUUACGUGUAUUUAGUAGUACAUUUUGAGUAAACUCCUGCACUGUGCUAAAUCAUAUACUCUUAAAAAGGACUAUAAAAGCCAUAGAAGUUGAGGUGUUCAGCUGAAGCUGUAAAUAGACGUGAGGGUAAAACCAGGGAAGCCACAGUAAUGUUUUAAGAUCAUUUGCCAGAUACUCACGAAAAGACAAAAGAACAAAAGACAAUGGAGGUAUCAAUCAGUACAGCUGAUGAACUGAAAAAAAAACCCAGAAAGACAAUCAUCAAACAGACUGUUCAGACUGAUCCAACUCAUUUGGUCGGUGAAGACCAGCAGUUGGACUGGCUGUUUGCUCCCCGAGUGACUUCGACAUCCUUCCAGGCAUGGCUGCACUGCUGUAGCAAUCGGCCCUUUAAAGCUUUAAAUUUCUGUAAAAAUUUAAUAUAGCGAAAAUAUUGUGUCAGUUAUGAAAACAUCUUCAGUUGGAUCCAGGGCUGUUACAUAUACUUAUGCAGUACCUUAUUGCCUAAUUUAUUAUUCAAAUGGACACAGCCUUUGGUAUUCCGGUACGCGUUGGAUGUUUUCAACGCAAUCCCUGCAUCUUAAAAAGAAAAGCAUUUUUUUUCUGUCAGAACUCACAUGUUUAACAAAUGAAUUCUCUUCUGCUAUCCCUAUCUUCUGCUAUCUGCAGGACAAUGGCUGAUAUUUUGAGGAAUGUAAUAGACUAAUGCAGAGGGGUGUUUAUUGGUUUCUUUUUUUCUGCAGGAAUAUUUCAAUCCUGUUGGCGCCUACUCUUUACAUUUUCUUUACAUUUCUUAUCCAAGCCCUUUUAUGGAAGAAAAAGACCCCUCCUAUUCUAGUAUUUUUUAACUGGAUGACACGGUUUACUUUCAAUAUUUAUUUGAGCCAAAUUGUGAGGAAAUGUACGCAUAUACACAAAAUCCUUAAGCAUUUCUCUCUUCCUUUCCUUUUUUAUAUAUAUAUAUAUAUAUACAGUAUAUAUGCCUUAUUUUGUUGUUAAGUAUAAAUUUGGAAUUUGUGUAAUAUAUUGCUACUAAAUUAUAAAAAAAACCAAACCUUUAAUGUAAUUAUUUUGUCUUCCAAUGAAGCUUUGAUGCACUAAAAACCUUUAUUCCUUAUGAACCACGCCCGACAGAUUCUGUUAGUGAGAUGGUGUAUCUAGAGCCAUAAUCCUCUAAACAAUUUCCAAAUUGCCUUCCUGCGCUAAAUAAGCCAUUCGCUUAAUUUUUGCACUAUGUUUGAAUUUUCAUUUCUCUUUUUUUGUUUGGUUAUGUAUUUACAAAUAUCUGAAACUAAAUAUUAAUUAUUCCUUCACAUGUAUUUGCUACACACACUUAGGGUCCUUUUAAACAAAUAAUUUGUCAAGUAAUUAAUGAUGUCAUGACACACACACACACACACACACACACACACACACACACACACACACACACACACACACACACACAGGUGUGUGUGCACAUUCCCCCUGUCCAGAGGGCUUUUCCCCAGCAGUUACACAUGUGAGCCCUAUAUCCCUGGGGGAGGAAGAGUGUGAGGAUAAAGGGAUAGAAGGUGGGGUCAGAGUAAAGUGGUAUCUUCUUACCAACACCAAGGGCAGUUAUGCAAAAAAGUAAAAAACCUUCCCUUGUUGUGCACAGGUCCCUUUGUUCUGUAUAAUCAGUGAGUGCUUUGAAGCCUUUAUGGCCCAGAUUCUGUUUUUUUUUGGUCUAAUUUACUGAUCAUCGGUGCCAGGGGCUCAUGGCUCUGCCAAUAAUUCAUACGCCUGCACAGAUCUGAGUAGGAACGGUGUAAAGACAUUUACAGCAGGUAUCAGGUGUCUAAUAUCUACUAGAAAAAGAGGAAAGCAUCCAUGACUCUGGAAGGGAUUUAGUUGCUACAAAAGUGAGAUUUAAUUUCAAAAGUGAAUAGUGAUCCAAAAAGGCUUGCAUUUGCAGCUCAGGUAAAAAUAUGAUAUGCAAGGUGUUUUGUAGAUCUCACAUAAAGACCCUCUGCCUUGUUCCUCUUUUUUUUUUUAAAUCAGUAGCAAUGUCUCAUUCCUAUCUCCCUUUGAUUUAGAGGAUAUUUCCAUGCUCUCUCCUCUGGAGCUUUUAUACAGUAUUUUGGGCAAAAAUCAUGCAGCUAGAGAAACCACAUGUGUACUUUUAUUUGUGUGGUUCCUUAAACAAAAACCAAAGAUCUUCACAACUGCCUGUAAUACUGUUAGGAUGAUAGGAAAGGAUGUCUUUUGAUCGCUGAUAUCAUUUUUUAUGCAAAACUAGGAAGCCAAAAAUGUACAAGUGAGUUCUAUUUUAUUGUAUAUUGGAUUAAAGAGAACAAUGUUAUUUUUAUUUUUUUUUUACAAGCCCCUUUUUCUUUUCAUAUACCAAAAUGUUAAUUCAUCUUUGCUCCUUUCAUUUCUCUUUAUGCUCAAAGCAUGUACAUCUGAAACUGAUAUGUUAAUUUAAGAAUCCCAUCUAUGUAUGUAAUAAUAUCGUUAAUGCUUCCAUAUUGAGUGCUUGUAAAGUUUGCGGAUAAUGUAGUUUUUAAUCAUUUUAAUUAAAAAAACAUGUGUCUCA